AUGGAAGCGUUAAAACCAUUUUGCAAGGUGUCGAGUUGCUUAAUGGUUGGCGUUGUUUUAGCAUCACUAUUCAAAAAUCUUCCUACUAGCUGCACCGCUGAUUCGUCGUAUUCUUUAAAAAUUAAAAAGUAUGAUUGCAUAGACACGCCAUACAAAGAAUCAACGCUUUACUCCUGCAAAAGUAUACCACGGCGAAACGCACCGACGAUGGUCAAAGUGUCGAUAAACAUUCCCAAAAUUUACGAUAACGUUGUGGUGAAAGUUUUUCUGUUCUACAAAUUUAGUACCUAUCAACCGUUCCUGAUCUCCAUAGAAGGUAACGGCUGUGAGUUUAUUCGGCAUCCACCGCAGAUGAGUGUCGAAAAGUACGUUUACGAUAUAAUCAAUGAAACACUACCAGAGCUGCUGGUGCCUUGUCCUACUGGUAAUCGCACCUACAAUCUGUGCUGGUACCUUCAAGAACGACACGCACCGAAAAACAUACCACCGGGAGAGUACAAGCUGCAAUUUAAGCUAGUGGCACAGCCCGAUAUUACCUUGUUUGGGAUGGAUGUGUACAUCUCAGUGCGCAAUACAGGUCUGGUGCCGUCCUUUGUAACUCAGUGA